CAACGCGCCUGCGCGGCGCCUCCCCCUGAGGGAGGCGAGAAGAUGGCGGAAGCGGAGUGAGCGGCUUGUCCGAGGCUGGACAAACACUGCACAAUAUGGAGAAUGAACCAAACACAACAACAUGUUCUGCGUCUACAACUACUAUCACUACCACUUCCACUUCCCGGACACAGCUGCCACAGAUCUCUGUCUACAGCGGCUCUGACCGGCAUGCCGUCCAGGUUAUUCAGCAGGCCUUGCAUCGUCCUCCUAGCUCAGCUGCUCAGUACCUCCAGCAGAUGUAUGCAGCCCAACAGCAGCAUCUAAUGCUGCAGACUGCUGCUUUGCAGCAGCAGCACUUAAGCAGUACCCAAUUUCAGAGUCUGGCAACUGUACCACAGGCAAGCCUGUCAGGUGGGAGGCAAUGUACUUCCCCCACUGGGAGUGUCACUCAGCAGUCAAGCAUGUCGCAGACCUCGAUUAACCUCUCCACCUCUCCUACACCUGCACAGAUAAUAAGCCGUUCACAGACCUCCAACACCACCAGCAGCAGUAUCACCCAACAGACUAUGUUGCUGGGGAGCACCUCUCCGACCCUGAGUGCAAGCCAGGCUCAAAUGUAUCUACGAGCUCAAAUGCUUAUUUUUACUCCUGCAACCACUGUGGCUGCUGUCCAGUCUGACAUUCCUGUUGUCUCAUCAUCUUCCUCAUCUUCCUGUCAGUCUGCAGCUACUCAGGUUCAGAACUUGACAUUGCGCAGUCAGAAGUUGGGUGUAUUGUCAAGUUCACAGAAUGGCCCACCAAAGAGCAGCAGUCAAACUCAGUCGUUGUCUCUCUGCCCUAAUAAACCUGUAACCAGUUCCAAGGGCAGCCAACCAGAUCCCUCAGAAAGCAAUAGAAAAGGCGAGAGCCCAACUCCAGAGUGUCGGAGUACUCCAGUCACACGGACAUCAAGCAUACAUCACUUAAUAACACCAGCUUCAUAUUCUCCAUUGCAACCUCAUUCUCUAGUAAAACAUCAGCAGAUCCCGCUUCAUUCACCACCUCCAAAGAUUUCCCAUCAUCAGCUGAUACUGCAACAGCAGCAGCAAGUCCAGCCAAUUGCACUUCAGACUCCUUCGGGUCAGGAACCUCCUCCGUCACAGCACUGUCUACCACUCCCAAGCCAUGGUCUUCCUCCAGCUCCCAGCAGUGUCCAGUCUCAUUGCUCACCUAUUCACAUCCAUCCUCCGCCUCUAACACUGUCUCCUACUCCAUCCCAGUCAGCUCAGCAGUCAGUAGUGGUAUCUCCUCCACCUUCUCACUCCCCUAGUCAAUCACCCACAAUAAUUAUUCACCCUCAAGCACUUAUUCAGUCACAGGCAAACUCCCUUGUGCCAACAGCUCUUCAGCCAGAGCAGACUGCUUCUCAGCAGACUUCUACCAAUCCAGUUCGACCAAUUGCACAGCCACUUAAUCUUCCAUCGCAUCUUCCACUUCCAUCUUCCCCUGCUGUACAUAUAGGCUCAGUAGAUCAGCCCAGCUUGGUUUCCUCAGGCCAACAGAUCGUGUCCUCAACACCACACCAGCAAUAUCCAGCCUUGCAGUCCACACCUAUCCCUCUUGCAGCUCCUCCUCAGCUGUCAGCAUCCUCAACCCAGAUUCAACAGCUGCCGUUGCAGUCUGUGCAGUCUUUACAAGUGCAGCCUGAAAUUCUGUCCCAGGGCCAGGUUUUGGUUCAAAACACUUUGGUUUCUGAGGAAGAACUUCCUGCUGCAGAAGCUUUGGUCCAGCUGCCAUUUCAGACUCUUCCACCUCCACAGACUGUUGCAGUGAAUCUUCAAGUGCAGCCGUCGGUACCAAUUGAAACUCCCGUGAUUUAUCAAGUGGAGAAUGUAUGUGAAGAAGAGAUGCCCGAGGAUUCCGAUUGUGUCCAUAUGGCUAGAACACCUACACCACCCACUUUGUCUCCACCAGCCAUACCCUUGGGGAACGGAGAGGCACUUAAUUCAGAAGAUCCUUUGUCAGAACAUGGGGGACUACCUUCAGUGACAUCAUCAGUCAGUGCCUCAGUAAUUAAAUCUCCAUCUGACCCUUCACAUGCUUCUAUUCCACCACCACCUCUUUUGCUCCCAGCAGCAACAACAAGGAGCAACAGCACAUCGAUGCCCAAUAGCAUUCCUAGCCUAGAAAAUAAACCUCCACAAGCUAUUGUUAAACCACAGAUCCUGACCCAUGUUAUUGAAGGUUUUGUGAUUCAGGAGGGGUUAGAGCCGUUCCCUGUAAGUCGUUCAUCUUUGCUGGUAGAGCAGCCUGCAGAAAAAAGAUUGCUCGUGGAGGGUCAAAUCAUGAGCGUUGUGUGUGUUGAAUCAGACUUGCAGAAUACAAAACAUGCAGACAACUCCUCGGACACAGAGAUAGAGGAUAUGAUUGCAGAAGAGGGACUGGAUGAAAUUGAAAAUGAACUUCUGAAGUGUGAAUUUUGUGGAAAAAUGGGAUAUUCUAAUAAGUUUCUACGGUCAAAAAGAUUCUGCUCCACGUCCUGUGCCAAAAGGCACAGCCUUAGUUGCACUAAGAAAUUUGGGCUGUUUACAUCAGACAAGACCAAUCGUUGGAAUCGGAAAUCAGAUAGCCAAAGUCUUGGGCGACGCGGGCGUCGACCGAGUGGCCCUGAUGGGGCGUCGCGAGAUCAUUUUCUUAGACAGCUUCCAAUUACUUAUCCAUCUGCAGAAGAAGAUAUGGCUUCUCAUGAAGAUGCUGUUCCAACUGCCAUGACCACCCGUCUGCGAAGACAGAGUGAAAGAGAGAGAGAACGUGAACUUAGGGAACUAAGAAUUAGGAAAAUGCCAGAGAGCAUUGACUUGUUACCAGUGGUGCAGGCUGACCCCUCAGUAUGGACCGUUGAUGAAGUUUGGGCCUUUAUACAUUCUUUGCCUGGUUGUCAAGAUAUUGCGGAUGAAUUUAGAGCACAAGAAAUUGAUGGACAAGCUCUCCUCUUGUUGAAGGAGGAUCACCUUAUGAGUGCAAUGAAUAUUAAGCUUGGACCUGCGUUGAAAAUCUGUGCACGUAUCAAUUCGCUGAAAGAAUCCUAGGGGGUGAACGUGAAGGUUUAAACAACAGUUUCUCAGUGACAGAACCAACAGUAAUAUGCCAGCAUCUUCACUGUGGCAUGAGUGUUACUGUGAUGUUUUGUUAAAUAUAUGGGGUUUUCCCCACAUAAAGACUUAAAAAUGUUCCUUUGGUUAUACCAGGUAGUCCUCUGUAGUUUCCAAUGAUUGACAGGUUUGGGGUAAAGCCUGAGUAAUGCUUUGAGUUGAAGUGGGAGUUCAUGGAAAAACAUGAAGUAAAAUAUGCUGUGAUAGGUACAAUAUUCCCCAACAUGUACUUUAUCUUAUAAGUUUAACGCCCCAGCACCCCCCCUAGUCUAAACACCAUUUCAAUUGUGUUGCUGUAUUCUGAAAAUUUUUUCCCACAUACAGCAGUUUUUGAACUGAAAUAACAGAAGUGUCCACAGACCCUGUGGAAGCACUAGUAACAGUAAAAUGCUAUGCAUUUAGUUGUGCUCUCUGAGUUUCUUUUAGUCUUGAGCAAAUUGUUUGCAAGGGGGGUAGGUUGGCAGCUGGUUUUCCUUGCGUAGGCUUACCCUCAUCUCUGCCACUGUAGUAUUUUCUUGAAGCCUGGAAAUACUAUUAUAAACCAUGUAGAUGUCUCUGCAAAAUCCUUAUCGUCAGGCUACUGAAAUGCAAUGGCAUGAUACUCUUGCCAGAGGUAACUGAAGCACAUGUUACUUUACUCUUUGUAUGCUGCUAUGUACUAAGAGGGCAUUAAGUCGUUAGGUUUGUAGUUUCACAUGCUGCUAGUUAAACUAGACCAGCAGUUCUCAAAUGGGGGUUCAGAGCGGAUCCUGAAAAGGUCUGGGAAGACUCGGGGUUCAGGUUCCGAAAUGCCUAGGCGGGAGGGGCUGGAAACUGCAGCCAGAACUAGCUCAUGUUGAGACAAGUUACUUCAAAGACUGGAGGUAGAGAAGGGGUAGCAUAGCUCAGAUGCUCUUGUUCUUGAUACCUCUUCUAACUUGUUUUUUCCCUGUAGUGCGUUCCCAUUGCCUCACUGGAAGCUUUCAAGCACCUUUUAUUUGUCCCCUGGCUAGCGUGAGCUGGGCUUGCAGUAGUCUGAGGAAGGAGCACGGUGAGUUGCUCGAGGAGGUCCCUUCAGAGCUGGGUGUAGGAGCAGCUGCUGCUGCAGGUGGGCAGGUGUGGUGCCACCAACAGGCAGCUCUGGGAGAAAUCUCUAGGGACCCUGCUUGGUCCCUCUGGCAGGAGAUUUUGACCUGGAUGCUGCAGACCCAGGCGGUGGGUUUAGUAUCUUCCUCUGUCUUCCCUCUCUCGCGCUCUGUGGGGAACAAAUAAUGUAUUUCCCCAGUUACUGACACUCUCAGAAGCUACUCGGGCCCUGAGGCAGCAGCGCCUUCUUGGCCUUCUCUUCCCCAUCACCUGUGUACGGACGUUCGUGGAUGUAUUUUGUACCUUCUCUUCCCUCCCUUUUGCAGCUCCACUCCCCUUAUGUACAGCCCUAGAUCCCCAAGCACUUGUACAGGAAAAGAAGGGUAUGUGUGCUGAUAGACUCGUUGUGUAUAUUUGAACUAAAUAUGUGUAUGUGUCUACAAAUAAUGUAUUUUGUAUUUUAUGCAGAUUAAUGCAUAAUAUAUGAUUGUGUAGGGUGAUAUUCAGGGGGACCCUAAAGUAUUUGUGAAAAGAAGAGGAACUGAUCUAAAGUUUGAGAACUGCUGACCUAGAUGAAAAGGAGUCGAUGCACAUACACUGGCUGAAAGGAAGGUUUAUGACAGGUAGAUUAAUAUCUGUAUUAUUUAACUGAUGACAUUGAAGAGUAAAUUGGGAUUACAGAAAAAUCUGUGCUUCAUUUUCCUUUAAUUAGACUAUCGCUUUGCUUCUAUUAACAGACUUUCUACCAUUAUCUUCCAGAGAUCAAAAUUACAAUCAUUGUUUUAAUUACAACUGUUUGAGCUUACUAUAGCAGAUGCUAUUAAUAUUUUUAUUAACCACGGAGGCUCCAAGUUAAGACAACCCAUUGCCGUUACGUGCUAGUACGUGGUGAGAGCCCUUAUCCAAAUGGCACCAAAGGCUUUAGAGAAUUAAUUGAUGUCUGGGUUUAUUUUGGAGGGAAGUUGCUAAGCACUUUCUAAUUUGUUUUUUCUGUCUUCAGUUACUGUUGUCAAAUAAACUUCUUAGUUGAAGGUUCAACGUUUGGCAAUGUUCAUUUGAAAGAUAUUCAAAUGAUGGAAACAGGGGGUUCCCAUUUGUAGCAUUUCUGUAAGAUACACUGUGUAGCAUAUCUGUAACAUAUGUUCUAAAGGACGCGUUCUGUUUUGAUGAGCUAAUUGAAGACUAAAGAUAUCUUAGAUAUUUAUCCUUUGGCUUUUGUCUUAAAGUUUCAUUAUUUUUAUACAAAAAUUUCACUGGCUAAUUUUUAAUCUGUCUUCUGAUUGUACUGUUCCUUGGCAAUGUAAAAAGUAGGUAUACGUAAAUGUGAUUUGAUAAUGGCUUAAGGCAUAUUUGAAAAUGUGGAGUUAUGAGUCUUAUUUAGACCUGCAGUUAAUCACAGUGUUGUUACAUGCAUGAGAAUUUCACCGUUGUUUUAAUUUUGCUUUAUUAGACAGCUUUCAGGAGAACUUCUACAGCUUGUGUUUAUAUACGACUCUCGGAUGUAAUCACUGACAGAUGCCAGGAGCUCAGAGCAGACCUGAUUCGUGCACGUCUGUUCUGGUUCUUCUGGUACACGACACUUUCUGUGGUUUUGGGAGAGCCACAGAUGAGUGAGUUAUACUUUAAAUAUUCAUGAAUGCAGCAACUAAGAAUGUGGGCCUUAUGCAUAUUGAAAGUUUUUUCUCCUUCAGUGAUUUUGGCAUUAAGCAGGAACUUAAAAGCAGACAGUGCUAUACUAACCUAUCCCGAUAGCAAUGCUCGUGGAUUGGAGUGUUUGCCAGUAUAGCUGUGUCAAUAAAAUCAGCUGGAAAAAAAUUACACUUGUGCGUAAAAGUAGGAUGGAAAACUUUCAAGUGCAACUAAAGUCUACUUCAAAGCUUUUGAAUUUACUCAAAAAAGCAAUAUAAUUCUUGGAGUAAUAUUUCUCCAGAACCAUUUUGCAUACCAGUUGCUUGUUUCUGUUCAGAUCAGUGAGGUUUUCCCAGGCUUAUAGUACCGUUUUCCAUGGCUUCCCCCUCAAAUUAAGCUAAGACUCUCUAGCAAAAGAGGAAGUAUUGUGGAUUUUAAUUGACUAUUUUUUUAACACUUGCUCCCACUGGAUGUGUCUAGAAGAAAUCCGUUUCGUUAGCUUUAUUUCUUUGGGUUUUGUAUUCUGUAUUCAGACUGCUGCUGUUGUGGGCUACAUCUCACAGUAAUCCCUGCAAUAUUUCAAUUCCUAUAGAAACUAAUACAGGAUGCUGUAGAGAUUUUAACUCAAAAGGGAGAUAUGUUGGAUGGCUUUUUCCCUUCCUUUUUCUCCACUGGUCUCCAUCCUGCCCUACUCCUUCAUGCAAACCGCAGCAUUAGCUCGGGGCAAAACCCUCUUGCAGAGCACUGGGCUGAAUAUGUCAAGAUAGAAUUAUAACUCUUGUUAAUGCUUAUCUCAGCUCCAUUGCUUUUUGGGGGAAGAAAUGCACCUGAUGGGUCGAAAUGGUUCUGCAGACUCCCCUGCUUAAUCUGGCCGUAUCACUCAGCAGCCCUGCUUUGCAGCACAAACGGAGAACUGCAGUGAGGAAGCUCGGCCCCCUCCACUGACAAAGCUCUGGGAGCUCUGGGCUGCUGCUUGUUCAAAAACAGGCGUUGCCAAUGAACUGCUGACUUCUCCCAGCCAACCCCUAUUGCCUCACGUUUGGCCCAUUUGUAAGACUUUAUCACCUUGCUUAUAUAGAGAGUGAAAAAUAACCAUCUUGUCAAGUUAAACUGUCGGUUGGCUUGGAUCACCAGAGAAUGUUUGAAGGGGUUUUAAACAGACUGUGCUGCAAAUCCAUUCUCUACCCAUUAAUCCAUCAUAUUUUUUUCCAGAAAUGAAGUUCUUGAUGGAGGGUAAAACCUUUGCUAGACUUGUGUCAAUGAGAUUGUGUCAAUGCAAGCAUGCGUUUCCCCAUUUCUUUCCUGUGAAAGCAGGUUUUUUCCCCUAACUCUUUUGGACAAAUCACAAGUGGGAAUCCAGCCUUUUGGAUAGAACAGAUGGAGUCCAUCAUAACCGCAGAUGCGGCGGCAAGAGCAAAGAAAUGGCAUGAAAAUAAGUAUUUGAGCAGGUUUACGAUAGCUUUUUGGAUCACCUCUUUAUCUUGAUCUUAGCUGUAAGGAAACGUUCAGGUGUAAAACCAUUUCUUAACUGUAGUUUGCAUGGAAGUUCCUGUAGUGGGACUUUGCUGGGUGUAGUGUAUCCCUGCCUGGCAAACCAGUUAAAACUAAUGCCUGUUUCAGGUGACUGCGCUCAUUUCAGUAUCACAAUAUCAAUGCAGAGACUUACAGCUCAGUAGCUUAAGAAAUUUUUCACACGUUGACAAAUGUAUAGCUCUAAGUGAUCAAAGAAUUCAGUGACAGCUGCACUGUGAGUCCUGGUUCUGCAAGUAAUUUAGGCAUCCACAUAAUUUAUAACAUGAGUAGUUCUUCUGAUCUGUAUUGAGACUAUUCAUAUUAAAAUUAAGCAUGUGUAUAAAAGCUUGCAGGGUUAUUUUCUUACCAGUAUUGCAUAGAGAUAUUUAGAUAUGUAAUUGUCACUCACUAGCCAGACUUUAACUCACCAAUUGUUCUAGGCUGCUAAUAACAACUCUGCAAACAAAUCAAUCUAGGAUACUUUUUUUAAUGUUCACCCAAAUUAGUUAUCAGAGAUGAAAAGAAACUAACAUUUUAAAAUAUUUUUGUUUUAAAUGUACUGUUUCUGUUGAAUGUUGAGUGGAACAGGUAUGAACAGAGCUAUAAAUGCAUAAUUUUAAAAUAAGGUGUUAAUAAUUGCUCAUAGUGCAUUAAUUUCUAAGUCAGUCUUGCACAGCGAGCUGUAGUUUCAGACAGGAAAUAAUUGUGAUGGAAGACAUUUAAACUCAUUUAAUGCUUAGUUCAUUUAAGCUAUGCCUAAAUUAAGUUUCAUUUCAAAGGAAUUUGCCUUGAGUCAUAAGGACUUACUUAGACCCCUUUGGUUCUGUGUAGUUACAUCCACUGGAUGGCUUUGCAAAUAGUGACAUUUCAAAAAAGAGAUGGUAAUUAUGGUACAGAUAAGUGCCUGCUCUGUAGAUGUGAUGUUUACUUUCUUUUUCAAAAAGCUGUCCCCUGUGUAGUCUGAGAUGAUGGAGAGCCUGACCCUGCAGUCAGCGCCUGGACGUAGAGCGAGUACAAAAGCGGUCAGCACACAUUACCCUAAUCCGUAUGAAUGGGGCUGAUUUGGUUUUACCACCUUCCUAACUUCGGAGGAGCUCGAUGACGUGCCGUUUCCUCCCCCGUAUAGACGUCUAAAUGUGCUUUCUGCCCUGUUGAGUGUCGGCUGCGUUGGCUGGAGCCUUUUGUGUCCUACGUGUCCUCUGGGUCUCAUGGCCAGCACUUCCAUGUGUAUUCGAGGCCCCAUCCUAAACUGCUGUGUAGGUUUGUGAACCUCGACAUUGAAGCUUAUACACACUUGGAGGACGUGCAUAUUAUUUACCGAUCUCUUAUAGCGAAGUGGAAGGAAAAAACAAAAUUCAAAGGCGUGAAUAUGCUCAUAAUUGAAGGUAUGUAGUAAGCUUAUAGUCUAGCGCUUGUAACCUUUGAUUUAACUUUUUUGAAGCACGGUUCUGGGAGUCAGUGUUACAAACAGAUUUCGAGUAAAAAAGUUUUAAACUUCCAGCAUGUGUUAGCUUCCUGCUGAAUAACCCAAAAUGACUGCGUAUAGCAAGGAGCUAGAAAAAGGAGAUCUAAAGAGAUUUUUCCGUCUGAAAGAAUUAUAAUUUGAGCACAAUUGUACAUUGAUAGAAUAGUGAUCAUAAAUUUAAGUGCAACAUGUAACACUUAAGGAGCAUUUUAAUUGUAUGUAAAAAGCACUGUAUUGUUACGUGGGGCUGUUGAAAGGCUAUAGUAUUGUUCAUGGCUACUAAAUCGGGGUAUCCUUGCUGAUUAUGGGAUUAGGCUAGAAGAACAGAUAUCAUUGAUUCAGGAGGAAUUAUCUGUUUUUUGAAGACUCACGUCGUCCUCCACUACCUGGCCAGUGUAUCAGCAGUCAGGCUGUUGCCAUCCUCUGGCAGCUUUUUGCAAAGUCAAUGUUUAAAAGAACAAUGAGAUACCCUGCACACCCGACUUCCUUCUCAAGUAGUCUUUGCGUUAUGGUGUUAGCAAACCAGUACUUAUCAGGAAAAAUCUGUGUAAAGGAUGAAGGGUUUUAUUAAUGAGUGCCAAAUCCUUCUAUUUAGAGUUGGAAACGCAUAGAAUAUCUCAUUACAAUCAAUGUUGAUUUUUAAGGGAUUCUUUAUAAGAGGAAAGUAGAGAAGUUUCUCAUAAAGGGUUAAUACUUCAGCCGCUGUUACCAUUAAUAUCAAAUAAUCCUUUAAGAAUUAAAGACUGUAAAGCAUUUGAAUGGUAUUAGGCCAUUAGUUGCUGGCACAGCACAAGAAGUAACGUACAGAGGAGAUACGGCAGCGCUUGUCUGUAGUUGUUAUUAUUUCAGAUAGUACCACCUUCCUAAGGGCACAGGGUCUCUCUCUCUGUCUGGCAGUGACACUGGAGUCCUGUUCUGGACUAAUGGUUUAUGGUUAUGUGGCUGGACUCAAGGUUCAGGGUUGGGACUUCCCCGAGAAGAGAAAAUGCACAAAGGGAAAAACUUAGUUGUUAGGAGGGUGGGUAACAGGGUAAAGAUCCGCCUCACAAUGGGUCUCUCCUCCAUAAAAAGUCAAGGAUAAAAGUGGGCUUACAAAGAGAGCUCCUGUUAAUGCAUUUUAAAGUAGUUAGUUAGCAGGGUCGGACACCAGAGGUGGAUGCUGUGUGAGGACCUGCAUAACGCCUACUUGGUGGGUGCAGCGACAGCCUAAAGCUUCAUGCUCUUUGGCACUUUUCCCCAAAGAGUAUGGAAGAAAGAGUUUGAUAGUAAUACAGUGAUGCAACAACAGUACGUUAAUACUUGCUUCGGCUGCAUGUUGUGGCUUCCCUGUAAAAAAAAUAAAAUUUUUUAAAAACUUAAAAUGGCUUUAUCAGCACUGCAGCAACGAUGGGAAUUCUGCCCCAUCAGGAUAGAUGGGGUUGUGUAAACUUUAAUUACGGGUUGAGAAGCUGAACCACACUGAUAAGCAAAAUACAUCGGCAGCCUUACCCAACUUCUUGCAGUUCCAGUUCUGUGUAUGUUAAUGAAUCAGAAGGGUGAGACUAAUCACACGAAACAGAACCAUCUGAAAUAUAUAUUCUUGAAAAUAACUUUGCCUUCAUCUGGUGUUAAAUGAAUUUUGAAUUAGGAAUUUUUCCCUUGCCUGCCAAGACUGCAGGGAUUAGUUAUUUGAUGAUCUUCUGGAAUGCCUGGUGCAUUGCUAUAUUUGACAUAUUUGUUGGUUUUUAAAUGGAAUUAGGUUUUGUAAAUAUUUUGUCAACCCCGUUUCAGUGGGUGUCCAGUUUAUAUAAAACCUGAAGAAAUGCUGUGUCAAAAAAUGUGUUUAGACGUGGUUUAUCCUGUAGCAUCUCAAGCGCUAAAUAACAGCAAUUAAAAUUUGAGAGAGCGGGGAGUGAUUGCUUAAGGUUGUUUUUCAAGUUAACAUUGCACGUGCUUUCCUACUUUUAACAUGGAAAUAGAAUUUCCUCUAAAUACAUUUUCCAGCAUAAAGGAUGAAAUAACUUGUGGUGCCAAACACUUCCAACUCUGUUGCUAAGCAUUGCCUCCUCUUAUUGCACUAGUUUUAAAAUUCAUUUUUUGAUCAUUUACUGUCCUUUUGAUGGCCUUUUUAACAGAUUUUCCCCAAAUCAUUUUCUACUGCUUAAAAACGCUCAUGUCCUUUUGAUGACAUCACUGACACAUCAAAGAAAUUUACCACAGACUAUAGGUGAUAGAAGCACUCUGUGGGGUGAAGUAAUAAAUCGGAAUGAUAAUCGGACUUUGACAUAUUGCAGAAACGCAAGAAUAAUAUAUGAUUGAGAUGUGAUUGUGUAUUCUUAUGGAGUGAUAUACUGGAAUAUUCUUUUAUAAAAAACUUUAGCCCACAUAGCAUUAAAUUCUGCAAUUAAAUUUAUGUCUAUAAUUGAUUUAUAAUAAUGUAAAUGAUAACCCAAAAUUUAAAUUUUACAGUUGAAGAGCACACAGUGAACUAUGUAAAAAUACGGUCUUCACUUUGUGAAUCACUUUUUUAAAAAGCACUUUCCUAUUACCAAUUAGCAUGUGAAUGAAUUUUAGAUUCUCUCAUUUGUUAUGAUCUGUAGAAGUGAAAUUUCUUUAACCUGUCUGUUAAUGAGUAAAUUCAUCAUACAAAUGCUGAAACAAAGCACCUUAUACUAUGCUGCUUAAACUUGCUUGUAAUUGCACCUUUUGUUAUCUGCGGAUUUUUCUUAAUGAGUAUUCUUGUGCGAUAUCAUUGUUCCCUGUGGGUCUGGGUGAAUGAUUAACCAACCUGCAGCAUCAUUUACUUAUAUAGUUUCUAUUUCAAUACAACAUUGUAUUGUGAGUUCAGUGCUUCAGAAAUAAAUGCUACUUCCAUU